AUAUUUUGACAUUGAACUACCAAAUGAAACAAGAUGUUCACGAUUUGUGUGUCCGAAAGUACCGGAAUGAACCGCUAAUUACGAAAACAAAUGCGGCGUGCCCACCAACAUAAAGACGCGUAUUGUUUUUGUUCUGUCGCGUCAAAAAAGUGAAAAGACUGUUUGCACGUCGAGAGUUCAAAAGUUUUGCAAACAUAUAUAAAACAAACUCCGCGCAUUUUUUACUCAUUCGAAUAUCGAGUGCUACAAGUUCAAGAACAAUUCACAUGCUUCUAAUUUAAACUCAAUUUAAAGUGAUAUUAUCCAGUUUAUAACUAAGCCAAACAAUGAGAACCAUAUUUCUUCUUUUUUCUAUCUGCACACUCAAUCUCUACGAAAUUAACGCACAUCCUCUUGAAUCUACAACUAUAGAACCAUUUUCUUCUACUGCACAGAACCUCUACGUUCUCUCAGCACUUGAACAUCAUGAAACCGUUCCUUCUAACGCUAUUGAAAUAAAACCUGAUGAAAUGCACACUGAUAUACCUGAUGAUCAUAUUCUGAAGAAAAAAAUUAUAGCAUUGCCAUUAAGUGAUGUCAAGUCUGACACUAAAGUCUUGACUAAUGAGCAAGGGCAAGCCAUAAUGGCUCAUUCCAGUGAAAAUUUCGAUGAAGGAAUGAAUACUGCUGAAUCUGGUAUAGUUUUCAGACCUUUGUUUGCCUACAGAAGGCAGCAAGCUGCAAAAAGGCGUUUCUAUGUUCCAGCUAGGAACUACAACUACAGAGGACAAUCUGCUAGUAAUCAGGAUUAUGUUCCCAAUUGCAAUAGGCGUAAAUAUUAUAGUGAGGAUAGAGGAGCUAGCUACAAUCGUCCAUACAGGAAUGCCAUCAAUUCCAGGUACCCUGACUGGUACCACAACGCUGAAUUCCCAGCAUUGAUUUGAACUAAUUUAAUUUUUCCACAUAAAAGUGUAAUGCCAUAAUAUUUAAUUUAUUACUAUUUAUAAAUAUAAAUAAACAAUAAUAUUUGUGAUCUA